GCUGGCGGGGGGGGGGGACUUUUGUUGUGUCCUGUCGCCCGAUGUCUCAGGCAACACGCAAGUAUGAACAGAGGACGGCAACCGGUGAGACCAAGAAAUGUCCUCUAUGGGGAGGCGAAGGACAGCUCCGCGGCUCCCAGGAGUCCGCAGGGCGCAACGUCAUCAGCGCGCGCCCGGAGCCGGAAGUGGUGGCCGCCGUCGCGCACAGCGAAGACACGUGUGGACCUCCGGAGCCGGCGUGAGGUCCCUGACCCUUGGCAGACAUUAACACCAUGAGCUUUGUCGCAUAUGAAGAGCUGGUCAAGGAGGGUGACACGGCCAUCUUGUCACUGGGUCAUGGUUCGAUGGUGGCAGUGCGCGUGCAGCGUGGUGCGCAGACUCAGACCCGGCAUGGCGUCCUGCGGCACUCAGUAGACCUCAUUGGCCGCCCCUUCGGCUCCAAGGUGAUCUGCAGCCGAGGUGGCUGGGUGUAUGUGCUGCACCCCACACCUGAGCUCUGGACGCUGAACUUACCGCACCGCACACAAAUCCUCUACUCGACCGACAUUGCCUUGCUCACCAUGAUGCUGGAGCUUCGGCCUGGCUCUGUGGUCUGUGAGUCUGGCACUGGCAGUGGCUCCGUGUCCCAUGCCAUCAUCCGAAGCAUUGCCCCCACGGGCCAUCUGCACACAGUGGAGUUCCACCAGCAGCGGGCAGACAAGGCCCGAGAGGAAUUUCAGGAGCACCGCGUGGGCCGUUGGGUGACUGUUCACACCCAGGAUGUGUGCCACAGCGGAUUCGGUGUGAGGCAUGUGGCCGACGCCAUCUUCCUGGACAUCCCGUCACCCUGGGAGGCUGUGGGACACGCCUGGGAUGCCCUCAAGGUUGAAGGUGGGCGCUUCUGCUCCUUCUCACCGUGCAUCGAGCAGGUGCAGCGCACAUGCCAGGCACUGGCAGCCCGAGGCUUCACGGAGCUGAGUACCCUGGAGGUGUUGCCACAGGUCUACAACGUGCGCACCAUCAGCCUGCCCCUGCCUGACCUGGGGGCCAGUGUGGGUACCCCUGCCGGCCAGGAUGCCAGCCCCUUCCGCAGUGGCAUGCCCAUGAAGGAGACGGUGGGCCACACAGGCUACCUGACCUUCGCCACCAAGACCCCCGGCUAGCAGGCCUGGGAGCACUGUGUGCUGGGAGCACUGCGGGCAGGCAGGGAGCCAGGCUGCCUUAUACGGUCAGGGGACUGCUGGGCCUGGCUUGGAAACAGCCACAGGGCGGGGCUUGCAGUUCCUGGCUAGCCCUGGUGUGAGCGCUAGCUGCUCCUGUCCUGGGGAGGGAGCCUUCCACCCACAUCACUGCCAAGCUCUGGCUAUGCUGUUUGUUGCCAACAUGAAGUCUACACUGCUGUGGGCUCUUCUGGGUGCUGAGGUUGGGGUGGUGCAGUUGGGGUGGCAGUGUCUGCCCCUGCCCCUGUGGGCCCCUGCAGGAGGGUGGCAGAGAAGGCUCAGCCACUAGCCCAGGACUGGCCCAAGUGUUCACCACUGGGUGUCCUGGGGAUUGGCCAGAAGCCAAGGGGAGCUGAGCUACAGACCCGCCCUGUCCUUCCUGUGCUGGGGAGGUGACCCUGCUGCCUGACCUGUAGGCUGACCUCAUCGCCUUGGGUGCUGCACAGGCCAUUUGUGGGUGACCCUGUACCCAGGCCUUGGGAGUCGCCUCAUGACCCAGGGAUGGGGCAGCCCCUUCCCACCCCCAGGAAGUGCAUCCUGCAGCCCUGCCCACCAGAGCCCCCCCCUUGUGUCAGGAAGACCCCGUAGCACUGCAGUGCCUGGGUGGGUAUGUGUCCCCAGCCAGCGUCACCCCAGACUUGCUUCUUAUGGGAUCCCUGGGGCCAAGGAGCAGGACCCCCAUAGAGACAGUGGUGUUGGCCAGGGUUCAGUGCCUCCCACAGACAUACCUUUGUCACUGUUGAAGGCUGAGCCCAUCCCAAGGUGGGGACAUGGAAGCCAGGACCCAGGGCUGGGCGCUGGUAGUCACUCUGCUGCACAGCCCGGUACCCAGUGUCCUGGUGUAUGGUCAGCGCCCAGGUCAGGCCGUGAGGCAGCCUUGGGAGCCUGCGUGACCCUGUUGGGACUGGAGCCUCAGGUGCCGUGUCCCCAUGUCAUGUGGGGCUGGCUGGAGUGUGCCAGACAGAACAAUAAACAUGCUGCUGCCUCACCGAA